AUGGGUAAGGAGAAGGUUCAUAUCAAUGUCGUCGUCAUCGGCCACGUCGACUCUGGCAAGUCGACCACCACCGGACACUUGAUCUACAAGUGCGGUGGCAUCGACAAGCGUACUAUUGAGAAGUUCGAGAAGGAAGCCGCCGAGUUGGGCAAGGGCUCCUUCAAGUACGCCUGGGUGCUCGACAAGCUCAAGGCCGAGCGUGAGCGUGGUAUCACCAUCGAUAUCGCUCUCUGGAAGUUCGAAACCCCGAGGUACUACGUCACCGUCAUCGACGCCCCGGGUCACCGUGAUUUCAUCAAGAACAUGAUCACUGGUACCUCCCAGGCCGACUGCGCCAUUCUCAUCAUCGCUGCCGGCACUGGUGAGUUCGAGGCUGGUAUCUCCAAGGAUGGCCAGACGCGUGAGCACGCUCUGCUUGCCUACACCCUCGGUGUCAAGCAGCUCAUCGUCGCCAUCAACAAGAUGGACACCACCAAGUGGUCCGAGGAUCGCUACAACGAGAUCAUCAAGGAGACCUCCAACUUCAUCAAGAAGGUCGGCUACAACCCGAAGACCGUUCCUUUCGUCCCGAUCUCUGGCUUUAACGGCGACAACAUGAUUGACGUUUCCUCCAACUGCCCGUGGUACAAGGGCUGGGAGAAGGAGACCAAGACCAAGACCACCGGCAAGACCCUGCUCGAGGCCAUCGAUGCCAUCGACCCGCCUGCCCGUCCUACCGACAAGCCCCUCCGUCUUCCCCUCCAGGAUGUGUACAAGAUCGGCGGUAUUGGCACGGUCCCAGUCGGCCGUGUCGAGACCGGUACCAUCAAGGCCGGCAUGGUUGUCACCUUCGCCCCCGCCGGUGUUACCACUGAGGUCAAGUCCGUCGAGAUGCACCACGAGCAGCUCACCGAGGGUCUCCCGGGCGACAACGUCGGCUUCAACGUCAAGAACGUCUCCGUCAAGGAGAUCCGUCGUGGCAACGUCGCCGGCGACUCCAAGAACGACCCGCCAAAGGGUGCCGAGUCCUUCAACGCCCAGGUCAUCGUCCUCAACCACCCCGGCCAGGUCGGUGCUGGUUACGCCCCGGUCUUGGAUUGCCACACCGCCCACAUCGCCUGCAAGUUCUCCGAGCUCCUCGAGAAGAUCGACCGCCGUACCGGCAAGUCCAUUGAGAACAGCCCCAAGUUCAUCAAGUCCGGUGACGCCGCCAUUGUCAAGAUGGUGCCGUCCAAGCCGAUGUGUGUUGAGGCCUUCACCGCGUACCCCCCUCUUGGCAAGCGCCGCUUCGCCGUUCGCGAUAUGAGGCAGACAGUCGCUGUAGGCGUCAUCAAGUCCGUCGAGAAGGUGGACAAGGGUGCCGGCAAGGUCACCAAGGCCGCACAAAAAGCAAGCAAGAAAUAG